ACCAAAACCAGUUCCCCAAGCAUUAUUAAAAAUAAAUAUAAAAAUAAAAAAAUCUCACAACAAAAGCAAAGCAUAAAAGCAACACAUUGCAUUACACAACAAGGGCAUCGUAAGCCAACCACUCCAGAACUAAAAUAAAAGGUUGUCUUUCCAAAAAGCCAAACUCAUAAUAUAAUAAUAGAAAACGAGAAAAGAGUAUGGAAGAAGAAGACGGAGACGCGUCUUCUCCGUUUUGGCUUCAAUCUCGCCGCAACAACACUUACUUCCGCCGCACCGCAAGUCUUGGCGGUCGUGCAACCACCGUGGCUACUCAGAUAUUCUUCGCCGGAGCAGCUGCGAUCCUCAUAGUCGUCUUCAUUAUCCCUCCAUUAUUUUCCUCUGUUUCACAGAUUUUUCGACCUCAUUUAGUUCGUAAAAGCUGGGAUUAUCUCAACUUCGUUCUCGUUCUCUUCGCUGUCCUUUGUGGCUUCCUCAGCCGCAACACCAAUAAUGACGAAACCAAUCAUAACAAAGAAGACGAUGAAAGUGACAAAUUCUUGAACUCGCCGUCCAUCGUCGAUCGAGGAGACCGUGUAUCUAACGGUGCCACACCGCGUUAUUGGAUCGACGAUCGCGGCGGUGAUCAGACGGUGUACAAGAGGUUUAGUAGAUUACGUAGUGUUAGCUCGUAUCCAGAUCUAAGACUCCGGGAAUACGAAGCCGAUGAACGGUGGAGAUUUUACGAUGAUACACGUGUAAGCCAGUGCCGUUAUGAACAUACAGAUCCGAUCUAUCCAAAUCAAAGUUACAGAAACUGGCAAGAGGAGGCUAAACCACCGCCGGGAGAUGUUGUUCAAACAGAGCGCGACGGCAGCAACGGAGACGAAAGAAAGGUCCACAUUGACGGUUCUGUUGCUGAGAAAGUUGAGGUCGUUGCGACGGCGAAAGCUGAAGUAGUAGAAGAGCUACCAGUGCCUUCUGCUCCGCCAUAUAUUCCGUCUCCUCCGCCGUCUCCGCCCCCACAGCCUAAGCAAGCGAAGAGGAAGACUAAAAGAGUGUACCAAGAUGUUCCUCCAAAGGAAGAGAAGAAGGAGAGAGCUGAUUUUUCGGAGGUGGCGACUCCUCCGAUCCUACCUCCGACCACUGUGCAUCAGAGGAGCAAUAAACCGGAGAAGAAGAAGAAAGGCGGAGCAACUAAAGACUUUUUAGUUGUGUUACGGAGGAAGAAGAAGAAGCAGAGACAACAGAGCAUCGACGGCCUCGAUUUACUCUUCGGCUCCGAUCCUCCAUUGGUCUACACAAUGCCACUACCACCACCGCCGCCUCCGCCUCCGCCUCCGCCUCCGCCACCUUUCUUACGAGGGCUUUUCUCAUCCAAAAAAGGUAAAAUCAAACGAACCAAUUCAAAUCCACCGCCGCCUCCUCCUCCGCCACCACCUGAACGGAGAUAUGAAUCACGAGCAUCAAUGGCGAAGAGUCGCAAAACUCCGGUGCAGUCACGGACAUCUAAACCAAAUCCACCUACUAAAGUAACUCAAUUCGUAGGGACAGGAAGCGAAUCGCCGUUGUUGCCGAUCCCGCCGCCGCCUCCUCCUCCGCCGUUUAAAAUGCCGGCGUGGAAAUUUGUGAAGCGUGGAGAUUACGUCAGGAUGGCUAGUGACAUAAGCAUAAGCUCCGACGAACCCGAUGACACGGAUGUAGCUCAAUCUGCCACCGGGAGUAUGUUCUGUCCGAGCCCCGACGUAGAUACCAAAGCCGAUGAUUUCAUCGCGAGAUUCAGAGCUGGACUCAAAUUGGAGAAGAUGAACUCUGUGAAAAGAGGGAGAUCCAAUUUAGGACCCGAACCCGGACUUGAUGAAGCCGGAUCUUAAACGGGUUAACAGGCCUUAGCCCAAGCGUAUAGAGUAUAUUUAUUUUCUUAUUGGGUAUUUUUUCGGAACGCCGAUUAUAUUCUUUUUGUUGCGUUUUUCGGCUUACUAUUGUGUUGUUGUUUCUUUACUUUUAUUAAAUUUUCGUAUACGUUAAUUUGUGUGGUGUAUACAAAACAACAAAAAAUUAAUAUAUAAAGCCCAUCUUCACAAUCCACAAA